UCGUCCAAGUUGGGCUGAACCUAAAACAAUAAAUCCUAAAUAAAACUACAAAGAAACGGGCUGUUAUCAUUUUAGCCCACAAACGAAAAAAAUCAAAAACCCCCAGCCGAACGUGAUCCAGUUGUCUGCAAUAAUUGUUCUUCCAUUUCCUCUGCCCAAGACCACUGAACAGUAAAAGCAAAUCUCCUCAGAUCUCCUGCUUUUCUGAUUGCUUUUACUAUACUGCUCUUCAUCUUUCAUUUCAACCGACACCCACUUCAAAACAAAUCUUAUCUCCUCUCCCUUUGCUCCGAAUGAUCCAGACGAAUUGAUUCAUGCUCCUCCCAUAACGCACGUAAAGUCUCUCCUUCCAGUUCAUCUGGAAACCAACCAACCCACCACACACCACUACGGUACUCGAUCAAAAACUAAAGACAUGGAUUAAAGGAUGGAAAGGCUAGAACAGUUCCAAAAGGAGAAGCAGGAUCAACUUCAACAACAAAUGAAUGAACAGCUUGUGAAAAUUCAGCAAAAAAUGAUGGACAAAAUGAUGGAAUCUCAAGGGAGUAUGAUGGCUCAAUUAACUCAGUUGUUGACUGGAAGAACUGAUAAAGGAAAGUGUUCUGUACUCAAUAUGGAAGGAGACAAUGAGGGACCCAUUUAUCCCCCAGGCUUUACCCCUCAGCAUGUGCAGACCCAAGUGGAGGUAUAUCCGCGCAAAUCUUCUGUCACCAUCAAGCCUCAGCAUUUUCAGGCUGGUGUUACAACUCCAAUGAAUUUUCAAGCUGGAUCAGGCUCUAAUCCCGGAGAUAACCUUGUCAAUCCUGUUGUCCCUGACUUUGAUGAAACAACUGGGAAAGAGAAAAUGAAUGAUGAAUUGCCAAAACAGCUAGAGGAAAAGUACAAAUGGCUGGAAGAGAAAUUUAGAGCGAUGGAAUGUGUUGAGAGCUACUAUGGGAUUGAUGCUAAAGAAUUGAGCUUGGUUCCAGAAUUAGUCCUCCCUUACAAGUUCAAAAUGCCAGAGUUUGAGAAGUACAACAGAACUAGUAGCCCCGAAGCUCAUAUUUCUAUGUUUUGCAGACGAAUGACUAUGUAUGUUAACAACGACCAACUGCUGAUACAUUGCUUCCAGGAUAGCCUCACAAGGGCAGCAUCCAAGUGGUACAAUCAAUUGAGCCGUACCAAAAUUAAUUCAUUGAGAAGUACAACAGAACUAGUAGCCCCGAAGCUCAUAUUUCUAUGUUUUGCAGACGAAUGACUAUGUAUGUUAACAACGACCAACUGCUGAUACAUUGCUUCCAGGAUAGCCUCACAAGGGCAGCAUCCAAGUGGUACAAUCAAUUGAGCCGUACCAAAAUUAAUUCAUUGAGAGAUUUAGCACAGGCAUUCAUAAAGCAGUACAAUCAUGUAACCGAUAUGGUACCUGAUAGAAUCACUCUGCAAAACAUGAAAAAGAAACCCGGUUAAAGUUUUAGGCAAUACGCACAGAGUUGGAGGGAGGUUGUCGUCCAAGUUCAGCCAUCUAUUCUAGAACGAGAAAUGACAAUGCUUUUCGUUAACACAUUGAAGGCCUCAUUUAUCACACAUGUUAGGAAGUGCUACUAAAAGCUUUUCUGACAUAGUUAUAAAUGGUGAAAUGAUAGAAAAUGCUAUCAGAAGCGGGAAGAUAGAUGCUGGAGAAAGUAACAAAAGGUCGGCCUCGAAGAAGAAAAAAAAUGAGGUCAACAACACAAGUUCAUAUAGUAAGGGAUAUUCAAAGACGAUUACGGUGAAUCAGCCGGGAAAAGUGGCUGUUAACCAACAAGGAUCAUCAAAACAGGGAUCUGACACAAGCUAAAAUACGGAGAAGCUUCAAUUCACGACGAUUCUAAUGUCGUAUAGGGAGCUAUAUCAGAAUCUAUUCAAUGCACACCUGGUUUCCCCUUACUACUUGAAACCUCUGCAGCCUCCGUACCCUAAGUGGUACGAUGCAAACGCAUAAUGCGAUUAUCACACGAGAAUCGUAGGACAUUCCAUAGAACAUUUUACGGUGUUCAAGAAGCUGGUUGAAAGACUCAUAGGCAUGGGUGUUGUUAAAUUGGAUGAUUCGCCUAAUACAAAAAAAUUGUUACCUAAUCAUAAUGAUAAUGGAUUGAACAUGAUAGGUAGGAACAUGGGUAGAGGAAUCAAGGAAAAUAUCGCAGAAGUGAAAAUUCCUUUGAGAUGGGUCUGGAAGAAGAUGGUAGAAAGAGGGUUGUUUGUUCUGGAUUCGAAGAGAAGCUUUGAAAAGGUGGAAAACUACUGUGAGUUCCAUCACGAGAAGGGACACGAGAUUCAGGAGUGCAGAAUUUAGAGCCUUAGUUCAAGGCAUGAUGGAUAACAAAGAAAUGGAGUUCUACGAAGAAGUUAAGGAAGAAGGGAGUAUAUGCACAUCUGAAUCCAUGAAGGCUCCAAAAGUAGCUCAGCCUGUGGUCAUCAUCUCGCGACCAAAGAAUGAUGAAGUAAGAACGCCAAUGAUGCCAAGGAUCAUAAUAAAGAAACCUGCAAUCUUUUCUUACCAAGAUAGUAGGAAGGUUCCAUGGAACUACGAGUGCAAUACAACUAUCCUUAGAAAGAAGACUACAAAGGACCAGGGUGUGAGUGCCGAUCCAGAACCUGUGAAAGGAAGGGCCGUAACAGUGGAACAAAAAGGGAAAAUAGCUAAGCCUGUGUUAUCUAUCAAUAAGCCAGUGAAAGAGGAAGAAGCUAUGGAAUUCCUCAAAAUUUUUAAGCAUAGCGAGUAUAAUCUCGUCGAACAGUUGCAUAAACAACCGGCUCGUAUAUCUGUACUAGCCUUACUCUUGAAUUUAAAAGUGCACCAAAAUGCGUUGAUGAAGGUGCUGAACGAGACCUAUGUGACCAACGAUAUUUCUGUCGACAAAUUAGAUCGGUUGGUCAAUAAUAUCAAUGCUGAUAAUUUCAUAUUCUUCAAUAAUGAUGAAAUACCACCUGGGGGCAUGGGGUCUACCAAGGCUUUGCAUAUCACUACACGAUGCAAGGGGUAUACUUUGCCAGAAAUGUUGAUUGACAAUGGAUUAGCUUUGAACGUGUUCCCAUUAUCCACACUUAACAAGCUUCCCUUAGACAGCUCGCACAUGAAAACAUGCCAAAAUAUAGUGAGGGCGUUUGAUGGUACAGAAAGAAAGGUCAUGGGAAGAAUUGAGAUACCCUUAUUGAUUGGCCCAACAGUUUAUGAGGUGGAUUUUCUUGUGAUGGACAUCAAACCUUCCUACAAUUGCUUAUUAGGGAGACCAUA